AUGGAAAGAAGCGAGCCGCCGAUUAAGUCUAUGAUAGGAGAGAAAAUACCAGCCUUGCUAACGAAAUGCCUUGCAGCUAUUUCUCCCAAACCUCCUUGUGCUGUACAGAAAACCCAAGUCGCCCCAAAGUCACCAUCAACAAAUGAGGCAAGUCGCCACACCGAUAUUCCAGAACCCGGGAAAGAAGAUCCCGUUGACUGGGAUUCCUGGCUCACUCCCGAACCCAUUGUUGCUAAGCCAGUGGCUUCAAACAAUUCUACAGACGUCAUCAUUACACUCACUGCCUCUGAUUACUUCCCAAAUUCGAAGGGAAACUUGAGUCUUUUCGACGUGGAUUGUCUGUUCUCGGGUUAUGACGCCGAUACUCGCGCCUGGCUCAUUUCCCUUGACCCAGCCUCGGCCACUACCGACGAGGAAAAGGCAAUCAUACUUACUGAAGCGGCCUACUCUAAGAAAUUUGACGAGAAUGACUUAGAUAUGGUUGAAGAUGUCGAGUAUAUGUUGGCUCAGGUUGCUGGCAAUACGACUUCUCUCGGAAAGCGUACCGGCUCUAGCACCUUUUCCACGAGCUCACGCCACACUGUGAAAUGGGGCGCUUGCGCGGCAUUUUUUUCAUGCAUAAGUGGAAAAACCUGUAGCUUUGACCUCGUGACGGACAAGGCUCCUCGCAGCAAGUGUGUGUCCCGUGGAGGGAGUCACUGCUGUAUAAGCUGGUCUACCUACAAGGUGCGGGCAGCCUUCUUCUCUACUACCUGGACAUCAUGCGACUCCGAGGUCGAAGCGGAAGACCUAACGAACGCCUCUUGUGAAGGUCACGGCAGCUCCUCUCAGGGUGGCGACGCCUGGAUCGAACGUCUGUGCUUGGGUGAAGCUAUCGGCGCCAAAAGCACCAAGGCAGGAAAUGAUUACAAUGUACUACGGGAAAAGAACGAGAGAGCACACAGGAGAUACUGUACUGGGUGGGAUGGAGAAAGGAGGGAGGCUGGAUGCUUGUCAAAACAAUGGAUCAUGUAA